AUGUUGGAAUCUGUCGUGGUGAACGGCAGCUGGCCAUACCAGAUCGUCGAGAUCCUCUUCGAGCUCGUGGUUUACUUGCUUUGUCCGCGGGGGGAUCUAGCAGAUGCAUACGAGCUUGGUGGUAAACUUGCACGUGGAACUGGGAUCUGUCCACCUAAAGGAGGUAAAGAGAUCGCGAGUAGGUGGAAGCAUACUAUCCUCGCCCUUUCGGGGUUAUGUGCGGUGCUUCCUGCAAAGGCUGAGGUUCCCAACCAUCUAGCAUUUUGCACUUCGCAUCAUGGAGGAGGUGGAGGUGGCGAUGGAGCACGUUGGUGGAAUCCCCUCUGUGGUCUAUUAAGAGUAGGGCCAUUCCAUGCCCUAGCGGUCCUCGAUGAUACAUGGACAGUGGAGAAGUCCAGGGCGGUCCGAAGAGGUGGGCUACGUGCCGUAGAUUGUGACCUGCUCGUUUCUGAGGUCGUGCCUGAGAACGGGAUUUGCCGAUCUGGCCAAGCAGGAACGUUUGGGAUCGGGAUUGGAGGACUAGGCCUCGCCGAUCAAGGGAUAUCAUUGUUAGCGAUCCAGUUCUCGGUGCAUCAGGACGAACUGUGA